ACCAAAACAAAUUAUAUUUCGUUAAAUGUAUAUGUUUAACAGACUGUCUGCAGUUGGUUAGUUAGCGUCGAUUCGUAGCUACGAAAACUCCGACAAAAGCUCUCAUCUGUCAACAUCACCACCUGGAAAUUUCAACAUUAACGUUACUUUCUGCCUGGCUGGACGUGUAGGAGUUGGUGGGCUCAUAGGAUCAAAUUGAACUGUCCGUAUCAGACAGAACCCUGGUAUGGUACCAAUAUACAUGUUGAUGCUGUUCAUAUGAUAUGUAUUCUACUAUCCACUAACAAAUGUCUGCUCAUCAAUUUUGGGCUAGCUAGUUAACGUUAGCCUAGCUUUCGUUAGCAUAGCCAGCUAAGCGGUCUGCUGAUGAAAUGGGUCACACAGCUGUUAAUUAGCUAGAUCGGAGGGAUCAUUUAAAAGUAGAGUUCUCUUCAAUGAGUGUAUAUUUUGGGCACAUUAUUUUCAUACACCGGAUAAUGGAAACGCUUGGUGGUGUUUUUGUUGAUUCAAUGACGACAUGCUCCACUAAUUUACCGGUGCUGUAACAUGGUUGUAGCUAAUGUUACUGGCAACGCGUUAGUCUGUUAGCAUGCUAGAUGCCUAUGUUAGGUAGCUAACUAGUUAGCAAGAUAUCGGUGACUGCUUAUCUGCUCCGGACGCCCAAAACUGGGAGAAAUAAAAGUUUCAUGAUUUUCGUAAAUCAUGAACAAUUGCGAAUACGAACAAAUCGAACCGCAGGCACUUUCAACUCCAACUCCGACCCUGCCGCCGCGACCCGCAGUUGUUGAAGAGGAGGAGGAGGAAAGGGCACGGAGAAAGUGGGAAGUUUUCCCCGGCAAGAAUCGCUUCUACUGCGAUGGACGGUUCAUCGUGGCUCAACAAAGCGGUGUCCUACCACUCACCCUCGGCCUCAUUCUGGUCACCACCGUACUGUUCUUUGUAUUUGACUGUCCCUUCCUGGUGAAGCACCUGACUGUGUUCAUCCCAGUGAUUGGAGGAGUGCUAUUUGUGUUCGCGGUCAUCUCUCUCCUGCAGACCAGCUUCACUGACCCUGGCAUCCUGCCCCGGGCCACGCCGGACGAGGCCGCAGACAUUGAGAAGCAGAUCGAUAACUCUGGAUCUUCCACCUACCGACCCCCUCCCCGCACCAAGGAGGUGAUGAUCAACCAGCAGGUAGUGAAGCUCAAGUAUUGUUUGACCUGCAAGAUGUUCCGGCCACCGCGCACCUCCCACUGCUCCCUCUGUGACAACUGUGUGGAGCGAUUCGACCACCAUUGUCCCUGGGUGGGGAAUUGUGUUGGGAAGAGGAACUAUCGUUUCUUCUACACCUUCAUCGUCUCUCUGUCCUUCCUGACAGCCUUCAUCUUCGGCUGCGUCGCCACACAUCUAGCACUGAAUACUCAAACCAUAAAUGUUGUCCUUGACUUUUCUUCCUGCACUGCUGUGGAGCUGGUGAUUUGCUUCUUUUCAGUUUGGUCCAUCUUGGGCCUCUCAGGCUUCCAUACCUACCUGGUUGCUUCUAACCUGACCACAAAUGAAGAUAUCAAAGGCUCGUUGUCGGGGAAGAGUGGGUCGGAGGACACCGGAAACCCCUACAGCUAUAACAACAUCAUUACUAACUGCUGCUCUGUACUCUGUGGACCCAUGCCUCCCAGUUUGAUUGACAGGCGAGGCUUCGUACCAGUGGAGGAGUCAUCGCAGACAGUUUCCACGGAGAUGGUGCUACCCGUGCUGGCUGCUAAGAAGGAGAUUAAAGUGGUAGGAGGGCCCACGCCGUCCCAGCUGCCCCCCUCCCGUGCCUUGCAGGUUCCCUCCUCCCCUCUACCUGCAACCCCCCUCAGCCUGACUGGCAGACCCCAGUUUAGUUGCCUGUUCUAACAAGGUUUCCUGACUGGCUGUUGUGUAUG